AGGGGGGAGCAGAAGAGGGAUCCCCCUAGGGCUGCACCCUCUAGGACAGGACACGCUCUGCAGGGCCUAGGGGGCCGGGCAGGGCAGAGUCAGACAUCAUCACUGGACAGGACCUGGGCCGGACCUCUUGGCCUGAAGGGCUCGCAGGAAAACCUCUUCAUUCUCCAGGUGGGAAAUGCACACGGGUGCCCUGAGUUGUGACAGGUGUCACCUCUGAAGAAGAGAAAGCAGGGAGCCCAGCCCAGAUGCUUCAGGCAGCAUCUGCCAGGGGAAGAGGGUCUCCUGGCAACCUGAGUGCCGCUGAGGCAGGUGGUUUGGGCCCAGCCACCCCAGAGGCCAGUUGUGGGUCUAGGGUCCAUCCUAAGCCAGCAUGACUUCAUCCUAACUUGAUGACACGUGCAAAGACCCUGUUUCCAAAUAUGCUCACAUGCCCAGGUUAUAGGUGGACAUGAACACGGGGAGACAUUCAGCCCCAUGAGAGGUCUCUCCAUGUGGCUGCCAGCUACCCCAUGGAUGGCUGGAUUCCAAGAGCGAACGCUCCAAGACAACGAGGUAUUUUAAGGACUCAACCUGGGAAACCACACAAUGUCACUUCCAGUCUGUGUGGAAGCAGCUGCAAAGACCCACCCUGAUUCUAGUGUCACAUUGAGAAGAGCCACAUGCCCUAGAGCAGCACAGAGCAAGCGCCUGGAGUCGCACACAGCAACAGAGACGAAUCCCAAACAGCACCGACUGCAGACUCAAAGAAGCAGAGGGCAGAACACCAUCUACUUAGAGCUGGAGGUCCUGCCCUGCAGGCUGUGCAAGGGUGCACUGAGGACGCCCAUUCACCACACUCACUAGUCGUCUUUUAGGGAUGGGGCUGUGGCCUUGGAUGAACGCAACGUGGGGGGCCUUGCAUCCGAAGACCACUAUGAACUCAGCGAUGAACUGAAGAGAGUGGUUAAGCUCAACCCUUCUGCACAUAAGCAGGAGAAGGUGACCAGAAGCUACCUGUCCCCUCAGGCAUGGCGUGGCCCUAUGGUUGGGAUCAGUACGCAGUAAGUGAAAUACCUCCACGUUGGGUGGUGGCCGGCAAAAUGGCUCAAGGAGAUCGAUCCCUCGCUUCAUUACCGUGUUUUUUCCAGAAGUCCCAUUUGAAGAAUCUGAAAACAAUAUUGCAGAGCACUGCCGAGGGAAAACUCAGAGACGUCUUCCCAGGCGGGGCCAACAAAAGUGUCCUGGAGAGGCGAGGGGCCCAGAAACCCAGCUGCAGGGUGCCCAGGGAGGGAGGUCUACGAAGACCUUCCCUGCGCUGAGCUGGGACUCCCAAGGACCAAAUCUCUCCCAUCCCUCGUCCACCCAAGUGGCCUCGGCGCUGAGCGGAGCCCAAAGCAGAGCAAGAAAAAAUGUCCCCAGGGAGUUGUGGCCGGGAUCAGACCUGAGCUUCGCCGGCCUCGGCUCAGGGGCCUGGAAACGACGCUGGCCUAGUCAGGAAGGGACCUUCACGCCGCCUCAGGGACCCCCAGAUGAUGUGCUCACACACCAGGAAGGUGAGCCCGCGGAGAAACUGAGGCCGCCCCGCCCACCCGAGGCUGCUGUUCUAACCACGGCGAAGCUCACCUCCUUGUGCGCUGGUUGAGCGCUGGGCCGGAGCUGGGUCGCUCGAGGGGCGCCGAAGCUCCAAGCGCCUGGCUCAGAGGGAGCGGCUGCUGGGACGCACCGUUCGUCGUGUGCCCGCCCGAGCCCCGGCCCAGGGUCGGGCACCAACGGCCCCGGCGGCGCCGUGGGUAGACGGGAGGCGAGGGGGCAGCUGGCCGUACAGGUGCGCGGUGCAGGUGCUCAGCUGGGCGGCACAAGGCCCCGCCCCCCGGCUCGGCCCCGCCCGUGUUAGCAGAGGGGGCUGUGCCCCGAGCAGGCCCCGCCCCGAGCGUCACGGCCGAGGCCGAUGGGCGGAGCCGCAGGCGGCGGAAGAGCUCCGAGCCGAGAGGUGGGGACCCGCAGAAUGGGCAGCAGCUCGCUGUCCGAGGACUACCGCCUGUGCCUGGAGCGUGAGCUGCGGCGCGGCCGCGCGGGCGUGUGCGGGGACCCAUCGCUGCGCGCGGUGCUGUGGCAGAUCCUGGUUGAAGACUUCGACCUGCACGGGGCGCUGCAGGACGACGCGCUGGCGCUGCUCACAGACGGCCUGUGGGGCCGCGCCGACCUGGCCCCCGCGCUGCGCGGCCUGGCCCGCGCCUUCGAGCUGCUGGAGUUGGCCGCCGUGCACCUGUACCUGCUACCCUGGAGGAAGGAGUUCACCACCAUCAAGACCUUCUCCGGGGGCUACGUGCACGUGCUGAAAGGUGCCCUCUCGGAGGACCUCCUCAUCCAGAGCUUCCAGAAGAUGGGUUACGUGCCCAGGGACAACCACCGCCUGACGAUGGCUGCCCUGCCACCCGCCUGCCAGCUGGUGCAGGUAGCCCUGGGCUGCUUUGCCCUGCGGCUGGAGUGUGAGAUCCUGGGCGAGGUGCUGGCCCAGCUGGGGACCAGCGUGCUGCCAGCGGAGGAGCUGCUGCAGGCCCGGCGGGCCAGCGCGGAUGUGGCCUCCUGCGUGGCCUGGCUGCAGCAGCGGCUGGCCCGGGAAGAGGAGCCGCCACCUCUGCCCCCCCGGGGCUCCCCGACCGUGUUCCAGACGCAGCUGGACCUAUACCGGGACCUGCAGGAGGACGAGGGCUCGGAGGAGGCCAGCCUGUACGGGGGGCCCUCGCCGGGCCCCGACUCCCCUCCCCCAGAGCUGGCCUGCCGGCCUCCACUCUGGGGACAGAGCGCCAAACUGUGGGGUGCCAGGGGAGGGGCCUGGGAGCCACUAGGGGAGGCUGAGGUGCUGCCGCAGGCCGGCAGCCCGCCGUACGGGGCCUUGAAGGAGGAGCCGGAGCCAGAGCCGGACGCCUUCUCCUUCCUGUCGCUGCGCCAAGAGCUGCUAAGCAGGCCUGGAGACGCAGGGAGGUCGGGGCGGGCCAGCCCCCAGCGUGGGUACGGGCCCAGCCCCCCACCCCCUGGCUACCAAGCACACGGCUGCCUGGCUCCCGGUGCCCUGCCCACCCUCUGCUGUGACACGUGCCGCCAACUGCACGCCCCGCACUGUGCCACCCUGCCCGCCUGCCGUCUAGGUCACGCACUUCGUGUGCUGCUCGGUGACACCCAGCAGCGCCUCUGGCUGCAGCGUGCACAGGUGGACACCCUCCUCUAUGAUGGGCCCGGGGCCCGACCUUAGGCCCAGCCAGGCCCUGGGUCAAGUGCUUUCCAGAGAGUUUCCGUGGUGCUUCUCUGGGCCUCAUCACUCCUCAGGCCUGAGCCCUGGCCACCCUGCCCCCCGGGGACUCCUGGGCGCAGCAGGGUGGGGGAAUCCAGGCCUCACAAAGCAGGAGAUGGGCUCCUGCCUUCCAUGGAAAGCUCUUGCCUGGGGCUGGCCGGCUCCCCACCCCCUGCUCCCAGUGUUCCAGACUAUGUCCCAACGUGCUGGGUGGAGUCUAGUUUGUGUCCACGUCUCACCACCAUGCCCACUCCCACAAAGGGCCCUCUCCCUCCUCUUUCACCCCUCCCCCAACCCACUGGAGGGGCCCAGCACCCAGCCUGUAGCUCUUGACCUAUCCCUGUAAGUUGUGGUUCAGGACAUGUUGCCUCCCUCUGAGCGUCCAAGGGAGAUUCUCCUCACAGGGGUGUCCUUGGAGGCCCGCAGGUGACACCGUGGGCCACUGAGCACCACCGUGACCAGCCCGGGGGCUCUGCCAGGUACGUGGCUCACCUAGCCUCUUGCCGACGGAAGGAGCCGAGGGCCGGCCCGAGAUGAACCCACGUGCCCUGGUCAGCGCUGGGCUGGGAAGUUGGGCCCACACGUGGAAGAGAAACGAUCCGAUCUCACAGCAGAGCGUGCAGGCACCCGAGGAGUCCAGAGAGCAGGGAGGCAGGCAGCAAGUGGGGCCUGGACAGGCUGUGUCGCUCGCUUCCAGGUGGAACAUGGGGCUUCUGGGCAAUCAGCACCCCAUAAGCCACCUUGCUGGGGCUCUCUGCUGCACAGGCUUCCCACCUGAUCAUUCACCCCGGGCCCAGUGGUAAAGAUGGGGUCCAGGCUCUUGAGUAGCCACCUGCUCAGACAGACUCUCAAGGCGCAGGCAGGCGGAACCCCUUUUCCUGGGGGGGAGGGGUCCCAGAACAUACUAACCCACAGGACUGGAGGGGACAGGUGCCUGUUUCUGUGCUGGCCCCUCCUCACCAGGCACUCUGCCCGUCUGUCUGUCCCACCUCUCCUUCCCAGCACUCAGAGAACCACCUUCACAUCAUGAGUCAGAACCCAAAGUUCAUUAAAGGACAUUGAACCUG